AUGAGGCUCGGCUCGGAUGGAAAGUAUCUGAAGCCAGUCUUCGGCGAGGAAGAGAUCCCAAUGUUCCAAAGCGUCACACAUAUGGAGUGCUUCCCUUACUGGUAUUGUUUCUUCGUCAAGAGCCUCCCCCCGCGUCCUUGGCCUCUCACAAUCAAUGGACGGGUAGCCUUCAAAAAAAGGUUCCAGGGAAUGACUUCACCAUUCCAAAAUAUCGAGUCUCAAGCAUCAAACCCCGAGAUAUUUGUUGGGAACCCGGACCUACGUAUUUGCGUCAACAUCGAUGUACGCCAAGAUCCUUUCCCGGAGUCCUCGCUGCGAGCGAUGCUUCGAGAUGUAAAUGAGAUGUUUCCCAGUCAUCCAGCCUAUCCGAAAGUUAUGGAGGUCAUGCUGACCAUGGACCAAAAGAUCGUGGUUAGCGUAGGCCGGGAGAUUAAUUUGAAGUCGAAGGCGAACCAGCUUCCAGGCUACAUUGCUUGCUGUGAAGUUACUUAUACGGCGGUGGAAGAUACUGGUCUCGAACGAUGGUCCGACUGGCACUCAAGACAGCUCACCGAUCGCCAGUGGCCUGAUAAUGUCCCCAAACUACCCCUAUUCCCUGGAAUGAGCGUCCGUGGUUCCCAAGGUACUGGGAACCCGAAAGGGAGAAGGAAUACACCACACUUUGCAGUCAAUGUAUCUAGUGGCGUUCUCAUCAAGGACCAAAAGGACCAACAUAUGAUGACCACGGCAGCGCGUAUUGUUCGCCCCGGAGAAGUUGUAGGAAUGAGGGAGUUCUUCUUCCAAAACAGAAUUGGAUUGGUUGGAGAUGUGGUCCCGGGCACAGAUGUUGCUCUGGUAAGGCUAGACGAUGCUAUCAAUUACAAGAACCAGGAUGGGACUAGGACAUUUACGCGGCUACUGGGCGAGGAGCCAGAUGAUGCGCUUCCAUGGAACUCUAUUGCCAGUCUCGCUACACGUUGGCCUCCCUAUACUGAAGGUAUAAUCGUUGCAAAGUCAGUCAGAGUCGUGCGCCAUACUGCAACUACUCAACAUCGAGUCUACCACUGGGCUUAG